CUCUUAUAAAUACCCGGGCAGAAGGAGUUUCUUAGUCAGUCUGGCCUCAGCCCUUGUCGAGGAUAGACGUGCGCUGCUCCUUCUCCCUGAGCCGAACAACCACCACCACCACCACCACCACCACCACCAUGGCUUCGAACCGCCUAGGAAGUGACUACAACACGUGGAUCAACAGCCUUCGCUCCGACUUCUCCCGUGACCUGAGGCGCCGGGACAGAGUGGAGGCCGAGGCUGAGAAACCGCCCACGGGAGCCAACAAGGUGGAGCGCGUUCACUGGUACAUCAAGGACAACGCCAGGAACCACAAGACGAUCAAGUAUGAUUUGGUGCACGACAAGGAGAAACCGAGGCCAGUGCUUAGGCGGGGGCAGCUCUUUUACCUCGCCAUCAGGUUCCAGGAGAACUUCGAUCAGGCCAAGGAUAGGGUGGUGCUCAACUUUAGAUUCGGACAUAAGCCAUCAGUAUCCAAGGGAACUUUGGGCGUGGUGAUGGUGAAGAAUGACAAACUUACGCGCACCAAGGACGAGUGGGACUGCCGCAUUGACCCUGGCACCCGUGGAAAGGAUCUGGUGGUGCAGGUGUACAUCCCCAUUGGUGCCUGCGUCGGAAUCUACCAUCUGGAGGUCCUGUCUGGUCUACACAACUCUCCGAACACUGGCAUGAACACCUACCUGGAUGAGACUGACUGUUAUAUCCUCUUCAACCCCUGGUCUAGAGAUGACACAGUGUUCCUGGAGGAUGAGCAGAAGAGGGAGGAAUAUGUGAUGAAUGACCGGGGCAAGGUGUGGGUGGGCGCCUACAGGAAGGCCCGUGGGCGUCCCUGGGCCUUCGGGCAAUUUGAUGAUGUGGUGCUGCCUGUGGCCGUGUACCUGCUGGAGAUUAGCAAAGUGGCUGACCCCGAGAGAGGCAACCCUGUCAAGGUGGUCAGGGGGAUAUCAGCUGGGGUGAACUCCAGUGAUGAGAAUGGUGUGCUGGAGGGUCGCUGGGACGGGGAAUAUUCAGAUGGUGUGCCUCCCUACCGGUGGAGUGGCAGCGUGAGGAUCCUGGAGCAGUAUGUGAAGUCAGGGUACCAGCCUGUGAAGUAUGGCCAGUGCUGGGUGUUCUCUGCCCUCGUGACUACAGUCUGCAGGGCACUGGGCAUUCCCUGUCGCUCCGUCACAAACUUUGUAUCCGCCCAUGACACCAACUCCUCCCUCACCAUCGACAAGUUCUUUGACAAGCAGGGCGAGGAGAUUGAGGGAGGGCCAGAUGGCGAGAACUGGGACUCCAUCUGGAACUUCCACGUUUGGAAUGAUGUGUGGAUGGCCCGUAAUGACCUGCCAGCGGGCUAUGGGGGUUGGCAGGCCAUCGACGCCACGCCACAGGAGGAGAGUGACCACAAGAUGCAGUGUGGCCCGACCUCCCUGGUGGCCAUUCGCAGAGGUGACAUUGGCCUCAACUACGACGCGCCAUUUGUGUUUGCCGAGGUGAACGCUGAUGUGAUGCACUGGGGGGAGGACCCGCAGAGUGAGUGGGGCUGGAGCAGGAUGAAGAUGAACAAGUACCACGUUGGCAGAUCGAUCAUGACAAAGACCAGUGGCAAGGAAGAUGACAUUGGUGAUGAUGAUGGGGAGGACGUGGUGAACGACUACAAGAACGAGGAGGGCACCAUGGCAGAGCGCCUGGCCAUUCACAACGCCAUCCGGGGCUCCAGGCGUGCCAUGCAGUACUACAACUUCAAGAGUGAUGUCAAGGAGGACGUCACCUUUGACCUCAUCGAUAUUGAUAAGAUCAUCAUGGGUCAGCCAUUCCAGGUCAAGGUGGUUGCCCGUAAUGAGUCCAAUGAGACGAGGAAGGUCCGUGCAUUCCUUAACGCCCGGUCUCUCUACUACACCGGUGUGAGUGUCGCCCACAUCAAGAAGGCCGAGGGCAACUUCAUCAUAGAGCCCAAGGGAACGCAGGAGGUUGCCAUGACUGUGCAGUUCAAGGAGUACUGGGAGAAGCUGGUGGAGCAUUGCAUGAUGAAGAUCUACGCCAUCUGCCGGGUGGAGGAGACACAGCAGACCUGGACAGAUGAGGACGACUUCACUGUGGAGAAACCGCGACUUAACAUUCAGGUCACAGGUGAGCCACGUGUCCGCAACAUGUGUGAGGUGACCAUGUCUUUCACCAACCCCCUGGAAGUGCCCCUCACCAAUUGCCACAUCAGCAUGGACGGCCCUGGUCUCAUGAGGCCUCGCUCCAUUGACAUCACAGACAAUGUUGCGCCAAACCAAGAGUUUGUUUACUCCACAAGGUUCAUGCCACGCAUCCACGGCGAACGUAAGCUUAUCAUCGCCUUCAACUCCAAGGAACUCUUUGACAUUACAGGAAGCAAGACUCUGGUUGUGGUCAAGGCGGAGUAGAGUGGGAGAGGUGCUGCCUGGGACAACUAGGUGGGUAGGAGCAAGGAUUUUUAGACUAGAUGGAUAGAAGCAAAGAGUAUAAAUAGAGUUAGUAGUCUAUGAUCCCUGGGUAAAGAUUCUCUGGCAUGCUCUGCUUGCUGACUUACUGACGAAGGAUGAGACACAACAAUGGAAUACAAGCUUUACUUUCAGACAAGGGGCCACUGGGCUUUGAUGAUGCUGUUUCUUUCUUUCUUCUUAUCCCUUUAAGCUUUAAGGAGCAUUUUGUGUGCAUCCUAACUUUCUUUGCAAGGAAAAUUGAGAUGCAUUUAGGUGAAAAGAUUGUUUUGUUUUUUUCUCUUAAUGAUGUGCUGUUUGGAAUGAAGGAAAGGAAAGAUAUGUAUAGAAAUGUGCAGGUAGCUAAAGAGCUUUAAAAUAAUGUAUUGUUUUAUAUGUGUUGGUGAGAGAAGUCACAAGAUGCAUUUUCAAAAAGGUAGACCACACUUUGUACUGUUUUUAAGACGCUUGCCACAAAGAAACGACCACGACAAAGACAGAGCAGGAAACAGAUUCUUUACACUUACUAAACAACCUUUUUCCUUACCUUUUUGGGACAUUGUUCAGAGACAUGAUGAUUUAUGUUGUUCACCCACUUGAAUCGAACAUUCCUUCAUAAACAUAACAUGAGAUGAGAUCCUUCCCACGCAAGGCCCAUAUUCUGAAACACUGUUGCGCUGCACCUCCACCACACAUUGAAAAGGCUCUGGUUAAAGUCAUGGGUUUUUAAGAGUGUUUUUACAGUUCUAGUGGCAAAUUAACAAUAUUUCUACAUUAUGAACUGGAGAAACAUCCUUGAGAAGCCCAGCUAAUCAUCUCAGUGGCUUUUGGAAAUAGUCCUGGUGAGAGAGCAAAGCGUUUCAGAGUAUGAGGCUUAGUGUCACAAAUGAAGGGCAGACUUAAAAAAAUACAAUGCUCAUGGUGAAAAGAGAGUAUAUGUAAUGUUUGUGGGAAUGUUUAGAAGGUAGCUACCAUUAAUAAAAGUUUUCCAGUUUAGUUAUAAGGGAGGAGGAAGAAAAGAAUCAAAGUGCAUUGCUUUUAUUUUUAAAGCUUCCAGUAAUAUUGUUAAAGGAUCAAGUUCUAUAUUUUUAUGGUGAAUCAAAAUAAGGAAUAAGUGCUUUCAGUGACACUAAUGUACUGCCUGUUGUGCCUUUAAUCUAAAACUCCACUUUUCUAUCCCGUUCUUCUGACAUUUUCUACCAUUCUAGCGUUAGUUGUGUUUGAUGUCGUGUUGGUUGUCGUAAUGUAAAGUUAAGAUUUGAUUGUUUGAGGAGCAUUCAAAAGUGUUUCAAGAAUGUGAUGAAUACUUUUAUAAAUGUUUCUUUUAACUUUUUUUUAUCAUUAAAUUGCUUUUAUUUACUUAUUUUACAUAUGACUAUUUUUUUAAUUGGUAGUAUAUAUUAAUUGUUGCUGUUCUUGUUAUUCAUCAUCAUCAUCAUAUUAUUUUUAUUAUUAUUAAGCCUGUGAUUCAUUUAUAUACAUCACCUUGAUUGUAUUGUUAUUUUCUGGUUAUAUAGUUUACAAUGAGUAACUUUAUGAUACAUUAAAGCUUAGUGUUAGCAGUCACACAAUGUGGACUUUGCCUACAGGUGAAACUGAAUGUACUCUUGUCCAGGUACUGCAUAGUUGUCAUCACUACAGCUGCCUUACUUUAUACAGAUGUGGAGUAAUUAAACCCACCUGUAAUUAGCCUUAUAUCUUUACACUUGUUAAUAAUUAAAAUAUUUCUAUGCAUGAAGUAAUUAAAUCUGCCAGUAUACCUGCUAAUGAUUAUAAUUUUACCCAUUAGUGAUAAUUUCAAUCACGAAAAAGCUAUACAAGAAUUUUCAAAGGUGAUGAUUUCUAUAAGUUUUCAUGGUUGCCAAUAACUGAUCAUGUUCAAUAGUUAAUUGCUGCCUUAUCUCCAUCUUGUCUUUUCCCAUUUCUCAACUGUAAAAGUCCAUGCCAUUGUGUGUAUUUCUUUGUACUCCCUCCCUAUAAGAAGCUCCUUUUUGUACGUAAGAGCAAAAAAUCGCAUAGGCUUUUCAAUAAACUUUUCCACUCUUC